AUGAUUUCAUUAAUUGGCGAUGGUUUGAGGUAUUCAUAUAUCUGGUGAUUGCAGCUAAUUUUAUUUGGAUUUUAGUGGAGACAAUAUCACUGUCAAAAAAGAACAUUGAUGUAAAACAUUACAACUUUACAAUCACGUGGGCUUCCAUCAUUUUUGUAUGCAUAUACACCUUAGAGGCCUCCAUAAAAAUUCUUGCCAAGGGUCCACUGGAAUACUUCACAACAGGAUGGGAUGUGUUUGAUUUCCUGGUGACGGUGACCAGUGUUAUAGGUUUACUAGGAGAGUACUUUAAUGAUUCUUUUUUCUACGUCACUGUCCUCAGGCCAUUCAGACUUCUCAGGUUGUUUAAGAUGAAGAGAAGUUAUAGAGACGUUUUAGGAACUCUGUUUAUUCUUUUCUCUAGGCUAAUCAGUCUAGUGGUCGUCAUUAUGCUAGUCUACUAUUUCUUCGCCAUUAUUGCCAUGGAGUGCUUCCUGUAUGUUGAUCUCAAAAACUGCUGCAAAAACACCAGUGUAGAAGCUUUCUACAAGUUUAGCAACAACACCAACAGUCUGGGAUAUUAUUACCUCAAUGACUUCAGUAAUAUACUCAUAUCAGGUGUGACAUUGUUUGAGCUAACAGUGGUCAACAACUGGUUCAUUAUAAUGGAAGGAUUUGCUCAUCACACAGGGGAAGUGUCCCGAACAUUUUUCAUGACAUUCUACAUUGUUAUGAUGGUAAGUAUACACAAAAUCAAAUAUCAUCUCAUCUCUAUGACAUUCUACAUUGUUAUGACAUUCUACAUUGUUAUGAUGGUAAGGGUUAAUCAUUAGAUGUCAUCCCAUC